UGAAGUAAACUGAUAAAUAUCAGUAAACAACUUUCCAAAUUUUCCAAAACAUACUUCACUAUUUUGUAUAACGGAAAUCCUCAUUGCUUUUAAGAUAAAUUGAAAUUAAUCAUUAGCAGAUGAAUGUAAAAUAACAAACAAACUUUGCUUCAUUAAUUGCAUAUUUUUGAUGAAUUCUCUUUCAUCCAUCAAUCUCUUUUUUCUCAAAAUCAGGUUUUUAUUGAAAACAGAUGUCAAUCUAGUUCAGUGAGUGUUUGCAACGUGGUCACCUUUUAAAUUGUUUUCAAUUAAAAUCAGGCAAUAUGGAGCAUUUCUCAACUUCCUGUGAUUUGCAAUGAUAUAUAUUGAUUCCAAUAGGAUUGGAAGCUUCCUAGUAUGAUGCACUACCAUCUAACAUAAAAGCUAAGUACACACUAAACCAAAUCACUUGGAUUAUUGUCUAUAGAGUAACUAAAUAAAUAAAAUGCCAUUCACACCAAAAACUAGACAAACCUAAUAUCAGUAAUUACUGAAUGAUCAAUCAAAAUAAAUAUAUUGAUCCUACAGGCGGUCAGUUUAGGUCCGAGUAACCCUGAAGUAACAACUGCAACUGUGAAGCUCAAUUAAAUGUAAGGCAUCAUUUCCCUCGAGAUCGAAAGUACGACAUGCUGACCAGUGCCAUGUGGUACGAAAUUCACUUAUAAGGAAGUAUAUGUUAAUUGUAUUAUUCAUUUUAGGGUAUAUAAAGGAUGUUCAAAAUUUGUAUGAAAAGACCAUUUAAACCUUGUUACUUUUGAUUGGUGCAACAAAUAAUGCUAGACUUUCAGUGAAAUCCAUAUUUCGAUUAAUUAUACAUCUCAUCCACCAGUUUAGAAAAUUGUGUGCUUUAAACGAAAGUAAUCUUGAAGGCAAAAUGAAUAACUAGCUAAUAUCAGCUGGUAAACCACUGAAAACUAUGAAGCACUAGAGAAUUGUUUCAAUCUCAAUUUGUGAUUUCGUAUAAAGCCGUAACUGUACACUCCUAAAAACCUCUUUGAAAAACUCUUUUAAUUCAUUUAGAAAUACACUGAAGUGUAUCGAUAAUAUUUAUCAGCACAUAGAAUAUACAUACAAACAUUUAUAUUUUACAUCUAUUUGUUUAUAUGUCUAGUUGACGGUGAAUUCUAUCCCGCUUGUUGAUAUGUAUAUAUAUGUCAUUACUAUUAAGAAAGUAAACAAAACUGAAAUUACACUAACUAAUAUUAACGGUGGAAUUAGGCCAAUUCUUAAUUUAAUCAACCAACCAAUUAGUUAAAUAAUCAGCCUUUCAUUUAAUGACUUAGAAUAUAUUAAUCAAUACAUUGAUUAAUUAAUAUUAUUAUUCACAAUUCACCAUUGUUAACCAUAGUCCAUCUAUUCUAAUAUAAAGACGUUUACUGUUAUCAUUCAUCUUACCUACUGUGAUAUAUCGAGGUAUGGAGAUAUUAGUUCAACAGUUUCAUAAGAAGCAAACUGAGUACUAACAGUGGACAACAGUAAAUUGGAAGAGAGACUAGUUCAUAUAUCCAAAGUAUCCACCGUAAUAAACAAGAAUAUCAAGUGGCAGAAAAACGAAUAAAUAAUGAAUAAAUAAUGCAUCAGAUGACAACGAGAUUAACUCAAAUCAUAACACCAUAUGGUGUGGAAUAAUUUUAUAAACCUGAAUUAAAAGUAAACACAAACAUUUUGAGUUGUGGAGAAAAACACCUGAAAAUAUCUUGUGUACGUCCACUGUCAUCUUACACUACGAAUGCCCUAACAACAACAUGAUUCAAAGCACGGCAAAAUUAUAAUUGGGUAUGUACACGUUACAUUCAUUUUGAAUGGGUCCUUGUUUAGUUACAUUUUCACGCUAAUGUCGUCCUACAUUGAAUCGGGAAGAAACUUCCAAAAUAGGACGUGGUGCGAAAAUGAACUGGAUUGGAACCAGUAUUAUUGAUUAGUCAUAGACAGCUCAGAUUUUUUUAAUGGGGUGGGAAUGAACUAGUUGACUUUUGACCCAGCCUUAACUAGAUUGUCCUGACUAUCCCAAUGCCCAUUGUCAAUAACUCAGAAUAACCAUAGGGCAAUCUAAGACGUUUAAGAACAAUGGAUAGGAUAAGCGAUACUAAUAAUUCAAUGUAGUGAUUUUAGAAAAUAAACCAAUCAGAUUGACCCACUCAGAAUAAUAUUGGGAGAUAGAUGAACAAGGGAUACCGUCUACAAAUUAAAUACUCAAUCUGACAGGAAUAGACAUGUUCACUUUGUAUGUCUAUUUCAAUUUGUUUUUUAUCCAAUCGAAAUUUGGCUUCAUUUCAUCUAAGGUAUAAAUCGUAACCUACUUCUAUCCUGAGGCCUAUAAAAUCCCUGUCUUAAUUUCCAACGGAACUUAAUAAGUUAGUCAGUGUGUCCAUUUAUAAACAGCCCAGUGUGUCAGUACAUCAAUUCUGCUAUUGACCAGACUUUGUUAACCCUUGAGCGAGUGAAUUAAGCUUGACAGUAGCCAUUCAAUCGUUUUACUUACUGAAUUUUAACUCGAAAACAAAGUGGUCAUGCGUUUUCCCUGAAUACCCCCUUCAUCACAUGCCCAGCAUCAUAUAAGUUUCUAAAACGUUCAUAGAAUAAAUAUUUAUCUGAACCUUUCUGCCACCUUCACUGGUACAUCUUUAUUGGUUAAUUUCCUCAGUUGGAUUAUUAGCUUUGUAUUUUCGAAUUUCAGUCAGACUCACAAAUGCAUAAACAAUCAAAAUUGUUUAUGGAUUUCCCAAUCAAUAAUUCCUCCAUCUUUCUCGAGGAUACUUCUAAUAAUGCUUUAUAUGUACUUAAACAAUACUAUCAUUUCAUCUUUGACUUGGGAGAGUAGUUCCUUUGUUACGAAAACAUAAUAAGUAAUAGAUACACUCAUAUAAUCUGUUGGAAACGUUUACAUCGUUUUUUUCUACUUAACUAAGAAGAUAAUAAAGAUCACUGGCAAUGAAAAAAGUGGACGAUACUAGUGUCAUACAAUCAACUACUUUCAAUAAAUCUGAUUUCCCAGCUGAAAAUGUGAACUGUAAUCCUAAUCCAUCCUCGAGUUUAAAGAGAACCGCUUGUCAAGCUGGGUCUUCUGAAGAUAACGAUGAUCCAGAAUAUGCUCGGAAAGUAAUAGUUCUGGAACCUGAGGUGUCUAGUGUUCAACAGAAUAGUGAAAUAAAAUUGCCUGAAACAAUUCAGAACACUAUAUCUGGACCGACUGUCACAUCCACCUCUUCAAUCUUGAAUACAACAACUAAAGCUGUAGUAUCUAACACAAUCAGUUCAACUAAUAACAUCAAACCAAUUGGAACAAACUUACAAAAUAAUUAUGGAUCUUCUCCUAGUGUUUCUGUGCAUCAAUCAAGGCAGCAACAACAAACGUCAGAAAAGACAUCAGUGACUACUACACCUAGAACUAGUACACGUAGACUUCAUGUUUCGAAUAUUCCUUUUCGGUUUCGAGAAGCUGAUUUACGGUCUUUAUUAGGUCCUUUCGGUCCGAUAUUGGAUGUUGAAAUAAUUUUCAAUGAAAGGGGUUCUAAAGGUUUUGGGUUUGUUACAUUCAUGAAUGCAGCUGAUGCAGAGAAAGCACGCGAAAAUCUUAAUGGGCAUGUCGUAAUGGGUCGGAAAAUAGAGGGACAUGCCUAAUUACAAUCAUGUUCUUAUAUCUGGCAUGUUAACGUAAUAACACAUUCAUAUCACAAAAAAGUACUUUGCUAUGCACUUUAGGCCUGAAGGUGAUUUAUAUGAUCUUUGAGAUUUUGCAUGUUUGUAUGGAUAUGUAUGACUGACAACUGCAUUUCUGAAUGACUUGUCUUAUUUUAUGUAUUAGUUUAGGUAAUCAUUUGCUUAACACAAUAAUUCUGUGAAAAUCAUAAAAUGAUGUUCUCAUUAAACUGUUGAAAUUGUUCUCUCUUUCCACUCAUUUGGAUCGCAUGCUCUACAAUUUAAUAUAUUGCUUUAAUGGUUCUCAUGUUAUUCUUUCCUUGAAAUGGAAGACAAUGAAAUCUAUUAAUGAGAAAAAUUCGAUCUUUUGUCAGGAGUUCAGCAACUUAUGUAUUACAUAAUGACAUAAUCUAUAAUCACUUGAUAGUAAUUUGCUUGUUUCAUGGACACCUGACUUAAAUCUUGCUUGGAAGUUGAUUUCUUCAGCCGCAUCCUAGUAUGAAUCAUCCACAUACUGAUUCAAAGUAAAAAAAUUGUGUUGAAUAUACAAUAUAUAACGAACCUGUUCCCUUCUUCUCGCAUGUCUACUUGAUAACUGAGCAUAGUUUGGGAGGUUCCUUUUUAUUUUCACAUACUUUAAAUAUACUUUCUGUCUUUUUGGUGUGUUUUCCUAUUUGUUUCGGUUGUCUGCAUGGAAUGCUGCAUAGGCAUUGUAUGUGUUUCGCCUUGUCUAUCCGCCUUACCGUAAUCCCUUCCACAUACACUGAUAUUGACACAUUUAAUAUACUCUAAUCUUUCUGUUUCACUCACUACAUUACUGAUUAGUAAUAUAUUUUGCUUAUUCGCUUGCUCACUAAUCGUCAGUCUAAAACAAAUACUACAACUACUCAGCCUAUUCAUUCCUUGUCAUCAAUAAUUGAAAGAAUAUUCUGUUCAUUUGUCUUCACAUUUCUUUUUUUGUCUGCCUAUGUGUAUCCUGUAAGAAGCACAUUCUACUUGAGUGCACUUAAUGUGUCUGGCUUGAUAAUAUUCAUAUAUGCCCAUACUUAUUCAUUCUUAUAUCGCAAAUAUAAGUAAUCUUUUGUUCAGUUAUCUGGUUUUAUUUCUAUUGUAUGCAUUUGAACAACUUAAUGUUUCGGCAGUUUUAACCGAUGAAGAGUUUUGUUUUAUAUAUGGAAUCUAUAGUGGGUAAAUCAUGCAACUACACGAGUUCUUACAAAGAAGCGUACUGAUAAUGCAAUCUCAGCUGGAGGAAAUAAAGCUUCUAACUUUAACAACCAAAAUAUUGGAUUGGAUAAUUACACUAGUACUUUGGCUUCCAGACCACGGAUUACUGGGACAUCUGUAGGAACUAGUAAUAGUGUUGUUGCUGCAGCAAUUUCAGCUGCUGCUGCUGUAGCUGCAAUGUCAGGUUCAGGAAUUGUCAAUAAUCAUACUUUAAAUGGACUAUGUCAUUUACCAAGUUUGCAUUCUAGUAAUUUAUCCGGAAACAAUUUAAUUUUGAAUCAGAAUAAGUCAUCAUUAUCACCGUUAACAUCAUCUACAAUAUCUACAGUAACAUCGACAUCUAUUCCAUCGUUGUCGUCAUCAGUCUCAUCAUCAUCAUCUGCAGCUCUAGUUAAUCUUCUUAAAGCUCAACAUCAACAACAGAAUUUAGCGGCAGCUGCUACAGCGGUUGCUUUACAACAACACAAUCAAUUGAAUGGUACUAACAGUCAAAAUACUCAAGCUUUACUUGCUGCUCUUAUGCUUCAAAAUCUCAAUACUCCCAAUCAACUUAUCAAACAAUCUUUAAGUAGCCUUUCGUUUCCAUUAGAGAAUGCCGUUUCCAAUCUCCCAAUUCAAACACAGCCACAACAGUCACAGACAACCAUGUUCAACAGUGGUAAUAGUAAUAAUAGUAACAAUAAUGUUAAUUAUGCUACUAAUAAUAUUGGUACCAACAGUCCUGGUCUAAAUCCGCUUACCUUACUCGGAAUAAAUAAUCCAAGCAUGAAUCAAUCAAAUAUUGGCUCUGAUCUAUUAUUAAAUCCUCAACAUAUUCGAUCAUAUCAAAUGCUGAAACAAACACUUGGGAAUGUAAACCCAAUUAUUCCAAAUAACCUUUCUCUUGCUACUGCUCCAUUCUUAGCUUCAAAUCUAAAUUUUCCCACACCACAAAUUGCUUUACCGCUAAUAAAUCAUUCUAAUAAUGGACAAAAUUUAAAUCUUUUCACAUCAUCACCAUCAUCGUUAUCAUCAUCAACACCAACAUCUAUUGGAUCAGCGAUACAAUUGGGAACAAAUUUAGAUUUAAAUUCAAAUGAAACUAAAUUGUGGUUAGCUUCAUUGAUUGGUAAUAGUAAUAGUUGUAUACAAUCAGAUUUAGGCAUAGCUAAUAAUAAUUUAACGAAUCAAAUUUAUCAAAUGUAUAAAUCUAAUGCAAAUUUAAAUGAUACUACUAAUACUACUACUACUACUAAUAAUAGUAAUACAUUAUUGAAAGUUAAUUCUUUGCCAAAGACACAAUUGAAUAUCAAUGAAAAUAAAACUAGUUCAUCAAAUACAUUGACAGAUACUACAAAUACUGGUAUUUCACAAAUUCAUGAUAAUCGAAAUAAAAAUAACGAACAUACUUUAACGUAAGUGAAUAUGAAUUUUAACUUUUUUUUCAUUUUGUCUAUCAAUAUCUAUCGAGCACUAGUUGGAAAACCCAGUAAUUUAUUCGAUUGAUAUUACAGUGACUUCUUGUUUGCGGGACAUAGAUUGGAUUAAAUCAUGCUAAAUGCACGCUUGCGUUGGCGCACGCUGAUUGGAUAAGAAUUAACCAAUCAGUGUUAGUCAAUACUUAGUGAAGAUUCUAGAAAUCUCAUGUGAAAAAACUAUAAAUAUACCAACGUUUUUCCCUAUUGGGCUUCUCAUUUCCAUCUAACCUAGUUAUUUGGAAUACAAUCUCUUUCCUGUGCAACCGUGUUCUGAUUUGUGGACUUGUGGAGUGAACUGGUGUCCGAGAAUACUAGCCAUAGGAAUAGCUGGGUCAUACCGUAAGAAAGAGAUUGUAACACUUCUUGUUAAUCUUGAAACUGUAGUCAACCAAAUACAAUUUUGUAUUAGCCAAAAAAGUCAUUUAUUGGAAUCAUGGUCAUAUAAAUAGUGUGAUAGUUCUGUGUGUUGAGUUUUAAGAUUAUUUGAAUGGAUACGGUACAGUAGUAAUUCCAGUUUAGUAUACCAGUUAUUUAUCUCUUUCUAAUUCUCCACAGUUGUUUUACAUACAUUGACUUGUAUAAGAGAUCACAUUUGUUUGUUUCAUACUUUUUAAUAUGAGAUUAGAUUUUUUCAAAGAUAGUGAACCCAGAAAAGUUAGUCUACUUGAUCUGAAUAUUUUUUGUAGGUUUUAAAAAGGUUGUUUUAAGUUAUUUGAGUUUUCUUUAUUCAGUGUCUUCUGUAUGAUUGAAUGGAUUUAUUAGGUAUAAUUUCUAAUGGUUUAUCUAGAGGUUGAAGGCUAUAGGUUUCUGAUCAUAGAUACCUUUAAAGUAUUACUCGCGAAUAGUGAAAUAAUCGAAUAUGCAAUGUUUGAGGCUAAGCGCAGGGUACUGGGUAAAUAUGAUAAAUCGUUUGAUGAGGUUGUAAAUAUCCACUGAGGUGUUUAGAAAAUGUGUCGCGUAUCCUCAACCACCUCCUACCAAAACAAGCGAUGUUAGUUGGUGUAGAAGUAGGUCAUAAUGUAAUUCAGUGUGUUCAAACCAAACACAUGACAUCAGUUCAUAAAAUCAGCUGUUGUUGGUCUGAGCCAUGCUGGUAGAUAAAGACUACUUGAUUGAGAUUCACACGAUAAUCACGAUCAAUAGUUGAAAACGUUGUAGGCGCUGACUCAGUCGAUCACAGUAACAUGCAUACAUCAACUCUUUAUUUUCUUCUGAAUCUUUAGCUCCCGACUAUUGCUGCUUUCUUGAUGUGGCGGUCGGGCUUCCCUAUCGUGAUGAACCAGUCGGGAUAUACUAACUGGAACAAUCGUUCCUCAUGGUCUUACCAUGCCAGACAGGUCGGUUGAAGAGCGGUAAGACUAGAAGCAGCGAACACAAUGUCCGAGGGCGAAGUCGCACUGCUGACUCUAUGGAGCUGUGACGGCACUAAGAUAUUUCCCUCAGACAACCAGCAUAAUAGCGAUGCUGUCUUGCCACAAAGGAGGGGUGAGGUUAGAAAAGGUUGACCCUAAAAAUGCACACCUCACCUUAUUCCACUGAAAUCCGUCUCUGGCGCUAAGGUCCCAAUAAGAACGGUGCUAACACGAAAACUUCACAAAAAGGUUAUCUGUAACCGACCUCAAGUAGUUGUCCCUUGAACACUGCGGUCACACACUCAGGUCAACUAGUUUAGCUCCAGCCCAAUUUCCUUUUCAGGUACCCCCAGAAGAACCCUUCCACGAAGUGGGCAACCGAGAAGUGAUAACCACCCUCAUACCUCCAACAGCGCUCAAGAUCACUGUAUUCAUAAUCAAUCUCCUUCUCCAAUUCCUAUUAUUCCUCCUACGUCAACUUCCAAUUCUAAACUUCCUCUUUGAACUUCGUCCUCAUGUGUUAUCAUGACCGACGAUCAUACUACGGGAAACACUGUUCCCAGGUCUAUUGAAACCUCGCUCGAAGCUACACAUUGGAGUCUUCAACGUACACACCUUAUGCCAAAUCGGCCAACAGGCCUCCUUGGCUAAAACCCUAGAAUCUCGUACCAUUGAUGUAUAGUGUGUCUCCAAAACACGCAUACAGGAUCCUAGUGUGGUCUUUCACUUGACCUCACGUCGGCAAAACGGAGAGCCGACGAGAUGCACCCUCCGUUUAUCUGGCGUCCCGAUGGCUAGUUCUCGUGGACUGGCAGGUGUAGGCAUAGCACUAAGUACGCGGGCACAACAAGCACUAUUAGAAUGGAUCUCCGUUAACAGUCGCCUAUGUGCUGUUCGGCUAAAUGGCUUCGUAAGAGCUCAGAAGGAUAGGGACACACGUUGCCCUUCCGUCGUUUCUGCCUACGCUCCCACUGACUGCAGCCCAGAUGAAGUGAAAGUUGACUUUUACAGAAAGCUUUCUGAACUUCUUCAUAAAGAUAAACACACAGACAUAGUACUCGUAGCAGGUGACUUUAAUGCCCAAACAGAAAGGCAUUUAGGUUGGUAUUUUAGUAUCGCGACUCAGAUAAUAGUGAUUGUCUGCUACAGCUGUGCUCAGACAAUUGUUUAUUUCUAACAAGCACUAAUAUUAAGCAUAAGGAGACAUUGUCUAACAUGGCGACCCCCUGCGUCAAACCACUGAUGUACUCGAAUAGACCAUAUUACUAUCAGUCAUCGUUAGAGAAGCUUGCCUGAUAGAAGACUAUCACUCGUUCUAAAGUACGUGUUUAGACUAAUCAUGCUUCUAAUAGUAGCACGCAUUUGAUUGUGCCUCACUGGACGCAGAAAAGCCACAUUGAGAACACCGAUUGGAGUUGAAUUAGGUGAUGGGAAAGCCAAAAGUAGAUACCAGGAACAACUGAAGUCACAGUUGGACCAUUUUGAAAACGAGGCUGAUCCAGAUUUUGCCUGGAAUGAUAUGCGGACAGUUGUGUAAAUUGCAACGAUAUCUAUUGCACUGAUAUAUUUUCGUAAACUUAUCCCAUCAGACUCCAAACACGAUGAAGAGCGGAAAAAAGUCAAAUCUAGGUUAACCAAAAGUUUACGGAACGAUCGCGAGCAGUGGUGAGUAACGAAGGCGAAAGAGCAGAGACUGUAGGUCAGUCAGUCAGUCAGCUACAACGUAGGACCAGGCACAUAUAUAUGCAUCGCUACAAGUUGUCAUACCUCACUAGCACAACAAGAUGAACACCGGAUUCAUAGAAGUGGUCAAUUCAGUGGUGGUGAUAUAUGAAAGAAAGAUUGCAUGUAAGGAUAUAGUACAGGAAGAAAGAAUUAGUUCGUAGAAAGAAAGGUAUGAAGCAAUUUUAAUCUCUUAGUUUAAGGGAAGAUAGAGAGUGUAUACACCGACG